AUGGCUCCCACAAAGAAGAGUGGCAAGAAGAAGCGCCGUUCUGCCAUCAAUGAGGUAGCGACCACAGAACACACCAUCAACGUUCACAAGGGCAUCCAUGGAGUGGGUUUCAAGAGGUGUGCCCCUCGGGCACUCCAAGAGAUCUGGAAAUCUGCCAUGAAGGAGACGAGAACUCCAGAUGGGCGCAUUGACACCAGGCUCAACAAAGUUGUCUGGGCCAAAGGAAUAAGGAAUGUUCCAUACCGUAUCCGGUAUGUGCAGUUGUCCACAAAAUGGAACAAGGAUGAAGAUUCACCAAACAAGUUCUAUACGUUGGUUACCUAUGUAUCUGUCACCACUUUCAAAACCUACAGACAGUAA